GCCGAAAUGAAUCAGAUUCAGAGCAGUGAGUCACCGCUUCCCGAAAACAGGAAUUGAACUCGAGCCCAAUAAGUUACUGGAACAAACCUCAACGAAAAGCGUCGACUAAAGUCCGAAUGUAAAUAAAAAAUAUUUAUGUCAUGUAAAUACAGAUUUUUACUGAUAUUCGCCGUCAGUUGUGUGCAUUGAUGAUUUAGUCUCGUUGAGUUUUCUUUGAAAAGCUCUUUGAAGCAGUCUGUAUUAGACGAGUCCAGAGGACAACGAACUAAACUUAACUGUUCAUUGGUGUGAUGGAGACAUCAGUGUGAGUCUGAUGAUGGACUCAGAUCAGAUCUCCGCAGGUUUGGAUGGAGGUGUGCAGGUCUCUCGUGCUUUUGUACCUGAGCCCUAUAUCAGGCUGUCUGCUCUUACAGUGUUGUUCUGUGUGAGUCUAUUAUGUGGGUUCAGUCCGCUCUGGGUCAUGAGACGAGCACUGCGCUUCACCUCAGAUCCAGGUUCUCGUCGGCACAGAGUCUUGAGUCUGAUGUCCAGCUUUGCCUGUGGGGUUUUUCUGGCGUCUGCACUGUUGGAGAGGCUUCCCGGCUACCUGGACGACAUGACCCAGACAUUCAGUCAUUUUGGGGUAACGCUUCAUUUCCCCUUACCUGAGUUCAUUCUGGCCAUGGGGUUCCUGGUCGCCUUUGUGGUCGAACAAAUUUUGCUGGCUUUCAGAGACCAACCGUGCGAUCUGUCUUAUGAGAAGGAAGCUCUGCUCGACUCUGGUCUUCAGCGUUGGGAACCAGAUGCUCCUAAACAUCUCUACCAACCUCCAGGCAAGGUCUCCUGCAGGAGACGACCAUCAGGGAUGGACGGAUUCCGUUUUCCAGAGGAUGCGAGAUCACACACAGGUCUGCGAAUCUUUCUUCUGUUGUUCAGUCUGUGUCCGCACGCCGUCUUUAAGGGGCUGACCGUAGCAGAGCAGCUGGGCAGGGAGCCUCAUCUGGAGAUCCUCUUGGCUUUGGCUCUCCACGAGGGAAUCGUUGCCGUCAGCCUAGGUUUCCAACUGACUCGUUACGAUCUCCGUCGUACAGUGGUGACCGCCUGUCUGUUUCUCUUCUCCGUCAUGUGUCCAGCUGGGAUCGGGCUUACCGUCGUCCUGACUGAGAUGAAGCCGAGUCCUAAGCUCCAGCUCGUCCGCUAUGCAGUAGAGGGUCUGACGUUGGGGAUCUUCAUCAAUAUCACAGUCAUGGGAUUGGUUUGGCAGGAUCUGGGUUCUCCAAAGCAUCGUAUCCAUAAAGUAGCAUUUCUCCUUACAGGCUUUGCAGUCAUUACCGGUGUUUUGUUCUUGAAAACAUAAGGCUUAUUUGUUAUAGUAGCUGGGGCUUAAAGACCAACACUAACCAACUGAACCGUGAGGUUGUUCCUGUAUUGUGCUUUGAAUAGCUAUUUCUAUUAAUGAAUGACAGUCAUUUAUUCAGCGCGUUCCCCUCUUUGUCGAUUUGACUCUGGCAGUAGGGGGACAUCACUGUACAAUCUAAAAUCCCACAUAUGGGACGUACUCUCUGGGUAUGGAAACACAGUCCUCAAACGGUUAACGCAUCAUUAGAAGAUUGGUAUCGGAUGAUCAUCGCAUUAAAUUACUCAAUCGGUUAAAUUUGUCGAUCUCAUGAACCGAUCUUUCUAUUUACUUUUAUCAUCAUAGAGCUCCUGAAUGUAGCCGUAAUUUGAGACAGGCAGCGUGAGCAUUUUUUCAACCUGUUGCUCGUGUGCACAUUUGGAUUUCUCUCUCUGCCUUUAAAGAGAACUGUAUAUUUUCUAGGAGGGCGCUGCAGUCCUUACCGCGCGACACCUCUUCACAUACCAAUCAAAUAGCGGACAUUACAUCUUCAUGCCUAAAGUUUAUUAUUUGCAUGUGUUUUGACAGUUUAAACUUUCAAUUUACCUUAUAGCUGCUCUUGUCUGUGGUGCGUACACUCAAUGCACAGGCACAGCCUGUCAUUCAUCACGAGUACAAAGCAAGGAUCUUUCUAAUGUCUUAAAGAUACAGUAACCUAAUUCAUUUAUUAAUAAUAUUAAAGAGAAAAUCAUUAUCUGCUUUUGACUGAAGAACUGUUUUACUUUAUAAUAAUGCAUGUAUAUUUAAUUCAUACCCUGAAGACUGUGCAGUGUUUUAUUUUUUUAAACACAUAAGCCUUUUUAUAGGCAUAUUAAAUUGCUUUUUGUGGAAUAAA